UACUGAUAAAAAAUACAUCUAUUUCUUUUGUUAGUCUCAAGAACAUGGUCCACUUUUCUUCCACUGCAAUAUUUUCUUUAUUAUUUUCAGAUUUUAUAAAUCUACGUUUCUUUUAGUAUUAUUUGACUUCUUCUUCAUCUUUGUCUUUAUAUGCACUAAAAUUCUUCCCAUUGUUUUCUUCCCUUAACAUUAAUAACAUUAAUAUUAGUUACUUAUAUCACUUAAGUUUUGGCUUAAAGACAAAGUCUCGAACGUUUCCUCUUUGCUUUCAGGUCGGCCUCGCGCAGAUAUAUUUUUGCCGGGGGAGAUUGUUUCCCCUUGAGGCAUGGAUUUCGUGGAGUUAAAGAGAAGGAGCAGCACCUCUAGGAGACUGCUCUUGCUUGCUGGCAUUGCUGCAAUUUGUUUACUUAUAUUCAGAAAUUCGUCUAGUUUUAGUACCUCCGUCAAGUUCUCUCAACAUGAACCAGGUGUAACUCAUGUUUUAGUGACUGGAGGUGCUGGCUACAUAGGUUCUCAUGCUACCCUACGUCUCCUAAAGGAUUCGUAUCGUGUAACUAUAGUGGAUAAUCUUUCCCGUGGAAACAUUGGCGCUGUAAAAGUUCUCCAAGAACUUUUUCCUGAUCCAGGGAGACUUCAGUUUAUUUAUGCUGAUCUGGGAGAUGCUGCAGCUAUUAACAAGGUCUUUUCACAAAAUGCAUUUGAUGCUGUGAUGCAUUUUGCAGCAGUUGCAUAUGUCGGUGAAAGUACUCAAGAACCGCUUAGGUAUUAUCAUAACAUCACAUCAAAUACUCUGCUUCUGGUUAAGGCAAUGGCAGCACAUGGUGUAAAGACGCUAAUCUAUUCAAGUACCUGUGCAACAUAUGGAGAGCCUGAGAAAAUGCCUAUUACGGAAGUGACUCCACAAUCCCCAAUAAAUCCAUAUGGAAAAGCAAAGAAAAUGGCGGAAGAUAUCAUACUGGACUUCUCAAAGACUUCAGAUAUGGCUGUCAUGAUUUUAAGGUACUUCAAUGUGAUUGGCUCGGAUCCUGAAGGAAGGUUAGGAGAAGCUCCGCCCCCAGAAUUACGUGAGCAAGGUCGGAUAUCUGGUGCUUGUUUUGAUGCAGCCAGGGGCAUAAUUCCAGGAUUGAAGAUAAGAGGAGUAGAUUACACCACACCCGAUGGCACUUGUAUAAGGGACUACAUCGAUGUUACUGACCUAAUUGACGCUCAUGUUAAAGCUCUCGAGCAUGCAAAACCUAGCAAAGUUGGCAUCUACAAUGUCGGGACAGGAAAAGGUAGUUCAGUGAAACAAUUUGUGGAAGCUUGUAAAAAGGCAACAGGAGUGGACAUAAAGAUUGAUUACCUCAGUAGACGUCCAGGAGACUACGCUGAAGUCUACAGUGAUCCUUCUAAAAUUAGACGCGAACUAAACUGGAUAGCCAGAUAUUCACUCGAGGAGAGUUUAGCAAUAGCAUGGAGAUGGCAAAAGGUACACAGAAAUGGUUACAACUGAAGUAACUCAGUUUUGCUAACCAGGUUCCGUGGAGAACCAUAAUGCAUAGCCAAUUCUUGCUACUCGUUAAUAUCAGAUAUCAAUCCCAUUUUGUUACAGCUUUAAUUUACAGUUUGCUAGAUGUAUACUUACAAAUAAUUCUAGUCUGGCUUUGCAUAUUUUUGUUCAUCAAUAGGCAAUUUACUUCCCAAGUGGAUUGAAAUAUUGGAUAACAUAGUGUAUACAUGAGACAUAAAGUGACAAGAAAACUUCUUGGGAAAUGGAAAUAUUCACAGAUUCUACGGCA